GCCGUCGCCUAUAUUUUUAGUGUCAACCGCCGCUGUUAAUAUUUGUGGUCUCAGAGUUUUAGCUGUCAAAGAACCGCAAAAGUGUUUAAUCAUUUCGCUUGUGGUAAAUUUUUGCAAAUUGUUUGUUUCGCAUUUUGAAAAUUAAUUAAUAAUAUGUUUCUUACACGUUCUGAAUAUGAUCGCGGUGUAAAUACCUUCUCACCUGAGGGACGCCUUUUCCAAGUGGAAUAUGCUAUUGAAGCCAUUAAAUUAGGAUCUACGGCAAUUGGUAUUUGUACUUCAGAAGGUGUUGUGUUGGCUGUUGAAAAACGCAUAACAUCGCCUCUGAUGGUACCAAGUACUGUUGAAAAAAUUGUGGAAGUCGAUAAGCACAUUGGUUGUGCGACAUCUGGACUUAUGGCAGAUGCACGCACUUUAAUUGAAAGGGCGAGAGUAGAGUGUCAGAACCAUUGGUUCGUUUAUAAUGAAAGAAUGUCAAUUGAGUCGUGUGCCCAAGCUGUUUCAGCUUUGGCUAUUCAAUUUGGCGAUAGUGGAGAUGGUGGCUCUGCUAUGAGUCGUCCAUUUGGUGUGGCCAUACUCUUUGCUGGCAUUGAAGAUGGCAAACCACAACUUUGGCAUAUGGAUCCAUCGGGUACAUACAUCCGAUAUGGAGCAAAAGCAAUUGGGUCAGGUAGUGAAGGUGCUCAACAAAAUUUACAAGACAACUAUACAGCCGAAAUGACUUUAAGUGAUGCUAUUAAUUUGUCACUAAAUACACUGAAACAAGUAAUGGAGGACAAACUUAAUUCCACAAAUGUUGAGGUGAUGACCAUGACUCCGGACAAACUCUUCCGUAUGCAUACUAAAGAAGAGGUUGAGGAAAUCAUAAACAAUUUGGCAUAAUCGGUGUUUAUUUAUUAUAAGUGUAGUAAUUGCUAUUUUUUCAUUUUGCUAUAGAAUUUGUAAAACAGAAUCUAACGGAAUAAAUGGAAUUUUAAAACUAAA